AGGAAAAAGGUAAAUAAACAUGAAUUCAGGCAUGUUCACUCAACCCCAGUUGGAAACAAGACCAAAUUCUUGUUCCAUCACUAACAUAUUUCACCAUAUUUGCAACUCAAAGAAUCUCAAAUCCAUUAAAGUAUUUCAUGCGCACCUAAUUACAACUGGCUUAAUCUUCAUCUCUCCUAAUCCUCAGUUCAAACUCAUAUCAACAUCCGCAACUUCACUUCAGACCUUAAACAAUUUCUUCAAAUUCCUCCAACCCAAAAAAAACCCUUUGCUCUUAAAUUCAAUUCUUUCUCAUUUUUCAAAAAAUGGGUUUCAUUCUCUUACUCUUCAUACAUUCUCUUUCAUGCAUUGUAGUGGCAUUGACAUUGAUUCAUACACGCUGUGUAGCUCAAUUACAGCUUCAUCUGCGAUGAAGAAUGUAAAAUAUGGGCAAAUGAUGCAUACCCUUGUGCGGAAAUCGGGUUGGCUUUCUAGUGUUUAUGUGGGGUGUGCUUUAGUUGAUUUGUAUGCGAAAUCCUCGUGUAUCAAGAAUGCAGCUAUGAUGUUCGAUGAAAUGCCUGUUAGGAAUACUGUGUGCAUGAAUGCACUUCUUUCGGGUUAUUCUGAAGCUAAGAUGUGGAUGGAGGGACUGGCACUGGUGAGGAAGAUGCCAUGUUUUAAUCUAUGUUUUGAUAAUUUUACUUUUUCGGCUGCUUUGCGUGCUUGCGUUGGGCUCUCUGCAUUUGAGUUUGGCAAGCAGGUCCAUGGAUGUGUUAUUCGAAAAGUUCAUGACAUGGAAUCUGAUGCGUUUCUACAAAGCUUGUUGGUUGAAAUGUAUGGUAAAUGUGGGUUAGUCGAUAAGGCUAGGCAUGUUUUCGACAUGGUAGGCUUUAGAUACGGAGAAAGAAAGAAGGAUGUUGUUCUUUGGACAUCAAUGCUCGGUGUUUGCGGAAGAAAUGGGAAAUUUGAUGAAGCGAUUAGUUUGUUUAAUGACAUGGUAAUGGAAGGAAUCAAACCAGAUUGUAUAGCGUUAUUGACUGUUCUCUCUGCGUGUAGUCACACUGGCCAUGUAAAUCGUGGAAUGCAGUAUUUCGAAUCAAUGGCAUCUCGUUACGGUUUGGAACCCAGUCCCGAGCACUACAGUUGUGUGAUUGAUUUACUGUGUCGUGCAGGUGAGUUGGAUAGAGCAUGGAAUUUAAUCACAGACUUAUCUUACAAAGAGAAUGAUAAUUUCACUGUUACCAUGUGGGGGACCUUGCUUAGCGCCUGCCAUAAUUUUGACAACGUCGAACUAGGUAAAUUAGCUGCUCAAAGGGCACUGGAUUUGGACCCUCAUAAUGAUGGGGUUUAUGUUCUGCUAUCGAACAUGUAUGCCAGGAACAGCAUGUGGAAUGAAAUUGAAAUAUUGAGGGAACAGAUAAAAGAGAAGGGAUUAAAGAAAGACAUAGGACAUAGUUUAGUAGAUAUAACUAGAUGAGAUAAAGGCAAUGAUCAGAAAUAAGCCACAUUCUUCUUCUCAUGGAUUCAUUUAGUUAGGAGAAAUGGUUUACGAGAGAGUCCUUGUUGAUUUCCUUUGCAAUAAGGUACAUAGCUAAAAGUGAUUAGAGCAUACUGUAAGAGCAGUUAUGAUGUUCGAGGCAGUUGACAAAACAUAGAUUCUUGAAAAACCAUGCUUCAGUGUGGAGUAGUUUCUUGAAUGUGUUGAGUGCCCAGCAAUUAAGGCUGCCGAAUGCUGGGGAAUAUUCUUGAAAAUCCAAAUAUUUCGGGACAAGGAAACCUAAAAUACUCAUCAAAUUGACAUUUACCUAAAUAAGGAGCUUCCUAGAGCAGAGGAGCGCUUUUUCAUCUCAAUAAAGAGCUACAUGGAAAAUCUUCAUUCUACUGGAUCGGAUAGUCUUAAAAUUCAAUUUUCAUUGGAGCUCUUAAAAAUUUUGCUGGGCUCGAGGGGAUGAACCAAAUUCUUAUUUGUGAAGUGACAACAGAGAGGAUUUUGGCUGGGCCAUGACUCUGAAAUGCUUGGACUUGGUGAGCAAUGUAAAUUCUGUUGGACAUCCAGUCGCCAGGUCUCGAUGAAGCACACAAGAUGACAAGAACUAGCUCAUCUAGAAGAGUAAACCAUAAUCCUUCAUAAAUCUCCUCAUACUUGAAGUGUAAAGAUUACAACUAAAUAUCUGAAAAUGACUUUGUAAUUCUUAAGUUCUCUGAUAGUGUGGAAUCAAAUGAAAUGGGUCCUAAUUGGAGAUCCAUCUGACA